AUGGGGACCAUAAUCUCACGAUGGAAGACAAAACCAACUACAGUGGAGCAGUUGGAGAACCUGGACAAGGAAAUUAAGGAGCUUGAAGAAUUCCGAGCAAAAAACCAGCGAUUACAAAAGUUAUGGGUGGGCCGGCUGCUCAUCUACUCGUCCGUGUUCUACCUGUUAACCUGUCUGGUGGUCUACUGCCUUUACUUGCCUGACCAAUGGCUUCACAGAUUAGCAAUGGCCCUGCCUUUCUUCGCCUACCCAGUGCUGGUGUGGUUCAUCCGGAAGUUACUGAUUUUCAUUUUCUUCAAACGCACUGAGAGGAACAGUGACAUCCUCGAAGAAUUAAAAGUCACCAAAAAAAAGAUACUAGAAGAAGUGAUGGAAACAGAAACAUACAAAAAUGCCAAAGUCAUCCUGGAACGCUUCGAUCCAGAAGCAAAGAAGAAAGCCGAGCUGGAGUCAACCCCAGUACGACCUCAGGUGACUCCCAGACCUGGACAAGACAUUCGCCAACGGGGUGUGGCCAUGAGACCGCCAGGAACCCCAGCAGCCAUGAUGAUGACUAGUCCACCUGAUGGCCAACACACCCCGGGCUCUGGGGCCACACCUGUAGCUCCAGGUGGACCACCCGAGAGAGCUGCUGUUUACCAAGUGGGAGUAGCCAGGACCCCUCGCAGCCCCAUACCAGGUGUAGGUCUACAUCCUCCUGGUCCUCCACUGGCAAGACCCAUUCUGCCUAGAGAAAGGGGAGCUUUGGACCGAGUGGUCGAGUACCUGGUGGGAGACGGACCGCAGAACAGAUACGCUUUAAUCUGUCAGCAGUGCUUUUCGCACAACGGCAUGGCCCUCAAAGAAGAGUUUCAAUACCUCGCCUUUCGCUGUGCGUAUUGCUACUUCUUGAAUCCAGCCCGCAAGACACGUCCACAGGCUCCCAGGCUGCCAGAGUUCAGUUACGAGAAACGGCUGCGCGCGGAGUCGCCGUCCCGAGCAAAGUGCUCCGGCACCGACACGGAGGGGAGUGCACCCCCCUCUGGAGCCAAGGCGCCGGCACCGUGGAGUUUGGUCCAUAGUUUCCCCGUCUGGCAGAACCCUCAGAAUCGAGCUCUGCAAAAUACAGACGAACGAGAGCUGGAUGAAGUUGUCCAAGCUCGCGCUGGAAUUGGAGAUGCUGAGAGCCAUGCCAAGGAGAAGGGGAAAGAAGAGAAGGAGGCAGAAGAGCUGGUUCAGGAAGAGGAAGUAGAUGAAGAGGAUGACGAAGCAGAGGACAACGACUCAUCCACCCAUGAACCUCAGCUGUCGUAG